UGACAGUGGUGAAACCGUGAAAGCUCUUUGCUUUUGCAGUGUCCUAAAACCCUACCUGAAUUUAUUUGGCGCCUCCGGCUCAGUCUUUCCCACCACCAUCUACCGCCGAAAUCGCUUCCGGCUCAGAGCAGGUUUCUGAAAUUAUCAGACCAGAUUGGGAAUAUCCGCUCAAAGCAACCAAAGGACCGGGUAGCUUUGACAGUUUGACCACCGUAACCAUCUCCUCCCUCGAGUCUGCCUUCCAUUCUUCUUCCCUCCCUCUCCAAUUUUGAUGACCCCCACCCACCCGUGCCUAUGAUACUGAAAGCCUUCUCGUCUUCUUCGCGCUUUUAUUUUUCCUUCUCCUUCUCUUGAAUAUCUGCCGCCCACUUGCUGCUGUUUAGUGAAGAGUCUUCAAAGAGAGAAUUUCGGAUUAAAGAUUGAUUUGUUUAUUGCUGUCUUUCUGUGCAAUUUCUCGUAAAUUGGAUAGGGGACACAAGUAUAAAGAAUGAUAUCAGCUAUUUCAUGGGUUCCGAAAGGUGCCUCAAAGCCAGUACCUGUUGCUGCUGAGCCGCCUUCAAAAGAAGAGAUUGAGGAGAUUUUGAAGAACGAUCUUCUCGACAAUCGAGAAGAGGUUGGAGAUGAUAAUGAUGAUGACGAGGGUAUGGAUCUUGAUCAAUCCAAGCAAGACGCUGAAGUUGCGCAAGCACUUGCUGCUGCCGAUGCGUUAGGCAAAGGUUCAAAGGGCACACAUCCAGAAACUGACAGCAUAGCAGAUGCCCUGAAGGAAUUAGACAUGGAUAAUUAUGAUGAAGAAGAUGAUGGGUUUGAGCUGUUUGGUGAGGGACUUCGGACUUUAUAUUACCCAAGUAAUGAGAUGGACCCUUAUCUGAAAGACAAGGAUGAUGAGGAUUCUGUAGAUCUUGACGAUACGACCAUUAGUCCAGAGGAUUCUGUCAUAAUUUGUGCACGGAAUGAGGAUGAUGUCAGCCAUCUGGAGGUAUGGAUAUUGGAGGGCUCAGAAGAAGGUGAUUCAAACAUGUAUGUUCACCAUGAUAUUGUUAUUCCUGCAUUUCCCCUCUGUUUGGCAUGGCUUGAUUGCCCUCUCAAGGAAGGAGAAAAAGGGAACUUCGUAGCUGUGGGCUCAAUGGAGCCAGCCAUCGAAAUAUGGGACCUUGAUGUUAUGGAUGAAGUCCAACCAUCUGCAGUAUUAGGGGGAGUUGUUGAAAAGAAAAAGAAGAAGGGAAAGAAGAAAUCUGUGAAAUACAAAGAUGAUAGUCAUACUGAUUCAGUACUAGGACUUGCUUGGAACAAGGAAUACAGGAAUGUACUUGCAAGUGCUAGCGCUGACAAGAUGGUAAAGAUUUGGGAUGUUGCAACUGGAAAGUGCAGUGACACCAUGGAGCACCACUCAGACAAGGUUCAAGCAGUUGCAUGGAAUCAUUUUGUGCCACAAGUUCUCCUCAGCGGUUCUUUUGAUCAUUCAGUAGUCAUGAAGGAUGCAAGGAUAUCCUCGCAUACUGGUUUUAAAUGGUCAGUUGCUGCUGAUGUUGAAAGUUUGGCAUGGGAUCCACAUGCUGAGCACUCGUUUGUGGUCAGUCUUGAGAAUGGAAUGGUUUCUGGUUUUGAUAUUCGUGCUUCUAGUUCAAAGCUCUCUUCCGAUCCAAAGCCAAGCUUCACCCUUCAUGCACAUGACAAGGCAGUGUGCUCUAUUACGUACAAUCGCUUGGUUCCAAAUCUUCUUGCAACUGGUUCCAUGGAUAAAACGGUAAAACUCUGGGAUUUGUCCAACAAUCAACCUUCGUGUGUGGCCUCGAAAAAUCCAAAAGCUGGAGCUGUCUUUUCUGUUUCAUUCUCCGAUGAAUGCCCCUUUCUGCUAGCCAUUGGUGGAUCUAAGGGAAAAUUGGAAUUAUGGGAGACUCUAUCGGAUGCUGCAGUUUCUACUAAAUAUGGAAAAUACACCAAUCAGAAUAGAUCAGCCCAGUCGUGACUCGAGGAUUGUGGAUUUGAUAUUUCGGGCACAAAAGAGUUGUGGCAUAUAUUUGCUGAUUACGGCAGUUCUAUUUCAUGAUCCAAUUGGAAUACCACUGUAACUAUCUCUUCUUGUCUAGGAGGAAUGAUGAGUGGAAUUCAUCACGUAUGCAGAUAGGUAGGGGUGUGCAAAGUCGAAAAAUUCCGAUUUCGAGACCGAUUUCGAAUUGAAUUCGGAAUUUUGGUAAUUCGGAAUUGAAUUCAGUAAUUUUGAUUUCGACCAAAAUAUAUUUUUUGAAAUCGGAAUUACCGAUUUCGAAGUAGGACU